AAUAAUAAUAAUAAUAAUAAUAAUAAUAAUAAUAAUAAUAAUAAUAAUAAUAAUAAUAAUAAUAAUAAUAAUAAUAAUAAUAAUAAUAAUAAUAAUAAUAAUAAUAAUAAUAAUAAUAAUAAUAAUAAUAAUAAUAAUAAUAAUAAUAAUAAUAAUAAUAAUAAUAAUAAUAAUAAUAAUAAUAAUAAUAAUAAUAAUAAUAAUAAUAAUAAUAAUAAUAAUAAUAAUAAUAAUAAUAAUAAUAAUAAUAAUAAUAAUAAUAAUAAUAAUAAUAAUAAUAAUAAUAAUAAUAAUAAUAAUAAUAAUAAUAAUAAUAAUAAUAAUAAUAAUAAUAAUAAUAAUAAUAAUAAUAAUAAUAAUAAUAAUAAUAAUAAUAAUAAUAAUAAUAAUAAUAAUAAUAAUAAUAAUAAUAAUAAUAAUAAUAAUAAUAAUAAUAAUAAUAAUAAUAAUAAUAAUAAUAAUAAUAAUAAUAAUAAUAAUAAUAAUAAUAAUAAUAAUAAUAAUAAUAAUAAU